CUGACAUUCAGUCAUGCAUGUGGGCGCGCCUUUGUUCCCAGUACCUCCACUGUCUCUUUCCCAGUCCUGCUGCAGCUACUCCUUAGCCCAAGACCCGAGACAGAACCGCCCCUGUGGCAGCAGCUGGCAUCAUUUCAGGAGGCUGUGACAUUUGAGGAUGUGACCAGAGAUUGGAAGUGUCAAGAGGCCUCUCAGAAGGAUUGCAGCAGGGACACAAUGCUGGACAGUUGCAAGAAGCCAGGGUCUCAGGGAUCCUUCUUACAGUUCUCCAUGAUGCCACAGAGAGCUGGAAAUGAUCCCCCUGGUGUUUCAAAUCCAAGUGAAAUGGAAAAGGAGAUAAGUAACAUGAGAGAAAAGUUUCUCAUCAGCGUGACAAAGUUAGUGGAAAGCAAAAGUUACAACAGCAAGGUAUUUUCCAAAGAAAAGUACUUUCAAACAAUAAAGGAAGUGAAAGAAGCUAAGGAGAAGGGGAGGAAGUCAUCACGUGAUUAUCGCCGUGCAGCAAAAUAUGACGUGAUCUCUGUACAAGGCACAGAGAAACUAAUAGAGGCUACUCACAGAGAACGAGAUCGAAUACGGUAUUACGUACACAAGGAAGAGCUGUUUGAUAUUCUUCACGACACACAUCUCAGUAUUGGCCACGGCGGGCGGACGCGCAUGCUCAAGGAGCUGCAAGGAAAAUAUGGGAAUGUCACCAAAGAAGUCAUUGUCUUAUAUCUGACUCUGUGUAAACAGUGCCACCAGAAGAACCCAGUAUCCAAGAGAGGGCUCGCACCCAAGCCCAUCCCAUUUAAGGACAUUGACUCCAGAUGCCAAGUUGAAAUCCUUGACAUGCAGUCAAAUGCUGAUGGUGAGUUCAAGUUUAUUUUAUAUUACCAGGACCACUUGACCAAGUUUAUUAUUUUACGGCCAUUAAAAGCCAAACAGGCCCAUGAGGUGGUCGCUGUCCUGUUGGAUAUUUUCACAGUUCUUGGUACACCCACCAUGUUAGAAUCUGACAGUGGCUUGGAGUUCACAAACCAGGUUGUCAAUGAGCUCAAUGAGGUAUGGCCAGACCUAAAGAUUGUCCCUGGUAAGUACCACCCUGGCCAAGGCCAGGGCUCCCUGGAGCGAGCAAGCCGUGAUGUCAAGAACAUGCUAAGUGCCUGGAUGCAGAGUAACCGUUCACGUCACUGGGCCGAAGGCCUGCGAUUCAUGCAGAUGGGGAGGAAUCAGGCCUUUGAUGUUUCCUUGCAGCAAAGUCCAUAUGAGGCGAUGUUUGGUUGUAAAGCCAAAUUUGGACUCUAUUCCUCACACUUACCCCGGGAAACCGUGGCUGUUUUACAAACAGAAGAAGAACUAGAAAUUGCUGAAGAACAGCUAGAAAGCAGCUUUUGGAUCAGGCAGGAAGAAAGAGCUGAGGUCGGAGCAGACCGAUCUGACAUGGACGAGGACGUCAAUCCCACUCCUCCCAAAGCUGCAGAACCCAGCACCUCCCAAGGGGCCCCAGGUCUCUUCUGCUGGUGAACAGACACCUGCCUCUGGGCACCGUGUAGCCACCUGAGAACUGUUGCCAAGGCCCCAGAUGCAAGGAAUGAAGGCCACACUCUCAGGAAAGCUGUCCAUGGUAGUCCUGGCUCACAGGGGGAAAGCAACUUGGGUCUCUGAUCUCGGGCUGCCAUAAAACAUUACCACAAAUGUGGAGGCUUAAAACAACAGCACUUUCUUCUCCCAUAGUUCUGGAGGCUAGAGGUCUGAAAUCAAGGUGUUGGCAGGGUUUGUCCCUUCUGGAGGCUCUGAGAGAGAAUCCAUUCCAUGCCUUUCUCCUUUGGUGGCUGCCGGCAGUCCUUGCAUCCCUUGGCUUAGAGUAGCACAAAUCCGGUCUCUGCCUCGUCUGCACGUGGGUCUUCAUGUGGCCUUCUCCCCUCUGUCUGUCUGUGUGCUCCUUUUCUGUCUCUUACAAGGACACUGUUGGACACCAAAUCUAUGUCGUUGGACUCUUAGGGCUCAUCCUAAUUGAGGAUGAUCUCAUCUCAAGAUCCUUUUUUUUCAAUUAAUUAAUUUAUUUACUUUUGGCUGCGUUGGAUCUUCGUUGCUGCGAGUGGGCUUUCUCUUAGUUGCGGCGAGCGGGGGCUACUCUUUGUUGCAGUGUGCGGGCUUCUCCUUGCUGUGGCUUCUGUUGUUGCAGAGCACGGUCUCUAGGUGUGUGGGCUUCAGUAGUUGUGGCACACGGGCUCAGUAAUUGUGGCGCAUGGGCUCAGUAAUUGUGGCGCAUGGGCUCAGUAGUUGUGGCUCACAGGCUCUAGAGCACAGGCUCAGUAGUUGUGACACACGGGCUUAGUUGCUCCAUGGCAUGUGGGGUCUUCCAGGACCAGGGAUCGAACCCGUGUCCCCUCCAUUGGCAGGCGGAUUCUUAACCACUCUGCCACCAGGGAAGUCCCUCAAGAUCCUUGAUUUCAUCUGUGAAGACCCUUUUUCCAAGUAAGGUCACAUUCACGGGUGCUAGGGGUUUGGACUUGGACGUAUCUUUUUGAGGGGCUGCAGUUCUACCAAUUACAGUCAGUGGAAGAGUAUGUUUGCCUGCAGAACAUGAACUGAUGGGGUCUGAAGCCUGUAGAGCUGGUGGGACUGCCCUGCAUAUAUCUAGUGCCUGUUCCUGCUUCUAGACACAUAACCCAAAAGAUGGGGGCAUAGAGAAAAAGAUGUCGGCGAAGGACAAAUAACGAGAAGAAAAUGUUGAUCUAACAUGCCCCAGAGAUUGCCUGCCCCUCCAGGCAAUCAAGUUUCCUGCUUCAAGAGAAACCUGAUGUACCAGGCCCACUCUCAGAAUGGCACCCACAGGGAUUAUUGUGUGAUGUGUCUGAAACAUAUUUUAAAAAUAGGUCAAAAUUAAGGCAUGGCUGGGAUUUGGGUCUGAGUCUGCCAGUUUUCUAUGCCUCAGGCACAGCACAACAUGUAUUCUUGGAAAGGGUCAGUGCAUUCCAGGAAGUGACCAGUAGCAGGGAAACAACUAAGGACUCCGGAGCAAAAUGCAAAAGUUGGCCUGAGGUCACUGCUCCAACCAGAGAAGAAUAGAGCAAAGGCCAGUCUGGGUCAUAGUUCAGAGUAAAGGGAAGAGUAAUACCCAGGAUCUGUGCACUGCUGUAUUCUCAAGGCCUGGAACAGUACCUAGCCCAUCGGCGGUGUUCAGUAAGAAUUUGUUGAGUGAGCAAAUGAUUCUUCAGAGAUGGACACUGGGAAGGAGAAGGGGCCUGCAGUCCCUUAUUCUCCCGUUCAUUCUUCCUGCCUAUCCUAGAGCCAUCUCAAAACCAUUCUGAUUGCCCCUGGCGCUGGUUUCGUCUUCUGAAAGAGGCAAGAACAGUCCUGAUGCCGCCUGCCUCAUGGGGUCAUUGUGAAAGACAGUGAGAUAAUGCACGUGAAGUUCUAGAUGUGAGUUGUCCUUGCUGUCAGCAGAUCUUAUCCUCCUUGUGAGAGUUGGAGAUCUCUGUCCGUUGCCAUUCCUUUGCUGAUUAAACAGUGUUAAGCUGGAUAUCCAGGAAGGCUGCACUAUUAUUAGAAAGGAGAUGAUAUCACUUUGCAGCUUGUUUGGGGGGACCAGAAUCUUGCUCUAUCCUUGGCCAGCACCUCGCGUUGCGUCCUUUCUGUAUCACUCAGGCUAGCAGGGCCUUGGAGGCCCAACUUGACUGAUGGUACCAGCCCUCCCCCCAUGCUGACUUCCUGGUUGCGGAGCAAACCAUUAACCGCAUCAUCAACUCGUGUGGGUGAGAGGUGAGAUGAGGCACGACACUACUGCCUUUCCCAGGGGGUGGCCACAGAUAACCUAGGUUUCCGGAGCUGCUGCAUCAGUCUUCCUCCUUUGCUCCUUAGGGUCAGCAGUGGAGAGAGCUGGAGUGGACACCCAGACCCAGUCCAGCCUUACUCUGCGUUAACACAUUUCAGCAUCUGGAACAGAACUGACUGCUUUCAAUUUGCAUAUAUAUUUUGUCCACUUAAUGUUUUUUAAAUGUAAAAAAAUUAAUUGCCAUCACUUUCAAAACAAGACUUCAUAUAGAAAUCUGGAUGUCCAGCACCUCUUGAAAACUUGGAAGCUCUGGCCCCCCGCAUUUUUGCACAGCAGCAGAGGACCAAGUGGUAACCCCCAGGAGGCAGGCCUUCGUUCUACACUUGGCCACCAUCUGGGCCAUUCCUGUAUUUUUGCAUAUGCAUUUCUGUGGCCUGUUGCUAAAGAAAGGCAGAUGAAGUCAGAAUGUGAAUAAAGGCCAGAAACAGACCCAUGCCUCUAGGAAUUUAUGAUAAAAGGGGCAUUUCACAACUGGGAGGGGUUGUAUUAUUCAGUUAAUGGUGCUGGUUAGUUAUACCUCAAUUAAAAAAAAAUAACGGUGCUGGAUCAUAUAGCUAUCUAACUGGAAAAAAAUGAAGUCUGAUCCCUAAAUAUAAAAAACAAAACUAAAAAAUAUUGGGGAAAAAGGAGAUUUGGGGGAUCUUGGAAUGGAGAAAGCCAUAAAAGAAAAGGUUACUAUACUUGGCUACAUAAAAAUUUUAAAUAUCUAUGAAAAAUAAUACCUUUAAAAAAGUGAGAAAAGGUAAAUGACAGGCUGGAAGAAAAUAUUUGCAACAUCUAAAACAGACAUAAGGGACUGUCAACUGAAAAAAAAUGCAUAACCUAAAAGUUGAGAAUUAUGGUUUAUUCAGCAGACUUACUGAGGACUUAAGCCCAGGAUACAGCUUCUCAGAUAGCUCUGAGGGACUGGUCCAAAGAGGUAAGGGAGGAGCCAGGAUAUAUAGCAGUUUUUGCAAAAAAAAAGGAAAGAGAAAAGAAAAACCCAAAACAGGUAAUCGAACGUCAAAAGAUUACUGCUAACUUUUUUAAAAAAACAGACAUCUCAAGUUAAUGAAUUUAGCACUUUUCUGUGUAUGGGAAGAUGCAAGAGUCUGGGCUUAUUGAAAUUAUCCCUUUGAUAUGCAUCUUAACUAGCGACCAGUAUCCUGUUUUUCUCCAUCCUGACUCUCCUCAGGGUGAGCAGUCCUGGGCAGCUGCAGGGGCUCAUGACUUGAUGGUCACAACAUCCUUUGUUUACUGAUAUUGCAGGCGACAUUCUUUGUCCACAGAACCUAAUUUUUAAAAGAGCACUUACAAAUUAAUGAGAAGAGCAGCCAAUAGGAAAGAGCAGAGGUUAACUGCAGAAGAAAAACAAACAGGUAGCUGUGCCCUGGUGCAGCUGUGGUGGGAUGGAAGCAUGCUGGACUUGUUAUCAGAUCAGGGCUGUCCAUUUAAAUGAAACAGAUUCAAGUUAUUUGAGGGUUUUUAUUUUUUCUACCAUGCAUGGGGAAGAGGAGAAAAAUGUGUAGUGAUACUGUCUUGUUUUAACAGAUAUCUGACUGAUAAGGAACUACAGUAAUGGUUAUACUCUAUUCAGGACAGCAGUUUUCAUUUCCUGGGGCUGCUGUAACCAACUGAGUGGCACAAAAAUUUAUUGUGUCACAGUUCUGGAGGUCAUAAAUCUGAGACCAAGAUGUCAGCAGCGUUGGUUCCUUCUGAGUGCUGUGAGAAAGAAUCUGUUCCAGGCCCCUCUUUUAGCUUCUGGCGGCCUCAGGUGUUCCUUGGCUUGUAGAUGACAUUCUCCCUACGUCUUCACAUCACCUUCCCUCUGUGUGUCUGUCUCUGUGUCCAAAUUUCCCCUUAGCAUAGUGGAUUAGGGCCCACCCUUAAUGACCUCACUUUAACUUGAUCAUCUGCAGAGACCCCAUUUCCAAAUAAGGUCAUAUUCACAGGUACAGGGCAGGGGAUGGGGGUUAGGACUUCAGCAUCUUUGGGGUGACACAGUUCAACCCAUAUAGCAGCAGCCAAUCAGUAUGACAGUUUUUUAAGAGGUAGUUUUUAUGAGGUAUGGCAACAACUUCCAAAGUCUUAGAAGACUUACAAAACCCCCCUGUUUAAAUGAUACUUACAAGGGCAGAUUUAUUUUAACAGAAAACAGAAGAAAUGAGUUACCAGUUCCAAACAUUCAUACAAAUCUCCAAUAUCAAUUCUUGAGAAAGAUCUUAAUUUAAUACCUUGUCCGACUAGAUUAUUUGGCUUUGUUUUGUUUGUCUUGGCGGGGUCCUAACCACUGUACGGCCAGGGAAUUCCCCUUGGCUUGGUUUUAAAAUGCAGAACAGUGUCUCUCCUUCCACAUCGUCCGCAGGAGAGAGGGAAUGUUGCCAUAUCUUUCUGAGGCUCCUUUUGUUAAUUAUGAAGACUUACAUUUUUUAAGGCUAAUCUCUGGAAUUCUGUUAUGUGGCCUAUGGAACUCAAUUUUACUAGGAAACGUAAAUGGAGAAUGGGCUAAAGAUGAUUUGACUUAACAGUGAAGCAAGGAUCCUGCAGCAUUUUUUUCCCACAGGCUCAAGCCUGUAAACUUGAUACGUAACCUUGAACAAAUCCCCUGAGCUUAAAGCUCACCUGUAAAAUGGGGACGAUGAUAAUAAUAAUCCCAAUUGUGAUAAGGUGUGUGAGAGAGGAUGGGCAUGGGGGGAGGGGCUUGUUUUCCCUCCAGUUUAGGGAGCUUUCACAGAGCUCCAUCUCUACCCAGGAUGACCAGCCAAACUAAGGCAAGUCCUUUCCUCCAAAAAAGAAAAAAAAAAAAAGAUUUGGAGGCAGGAAAGCAGCCAACGUGGGCAAGUCCUAUUCGAGUCCAUGCUGGACUGGGUCCUCCCUCCUGGCUUCUGCUCCUGGCACAAGGUUCAGUGCCCUCUGCCUAUUCACACGUCCAGCCAUAUUCCAAGCCCUUCAAGGUUGAAUGCACCUCGGUUCUCCAUCUGCCCCCCGGGGUGGUUCAGGAGUGCAGUGGACAGAGCAACUCUGGUUUUCAAACACACUUCUGCUGUGGUCAGAACACUUCACAUGAGAUCUACCCCCCUUAACAAACUUGAAGUGUAUUGUUGACUGUAGGCGGAGUGUUGUAUAGCAGAUCUCUAGGAUUUAAUCAUCUUGCAUAGCUGAAACUAUAUACCCCCUUGAAUAGCAACUCCCCAUUUCCCCCUCCCCCCCAGCCCCUGGCAACCACCAUUCAGUCUCCGCAUCUAUGUGUUUGACUAUUUUAAAAAAUACUUAACGUGAGUGGGAGUGGAAUCACACAGUGACUGGCUUAUUUGAUCUAGCAUAGUGUCCUCAAGGUUCAUCCAUGUUGUCACAUAUAGCAGGAUUUUUUCUUUUUUAAGCCUGAAUAAACUUCCAUUAUAUGUAUACCACAUUUUCUUUAUCCAUUCAUCUGUCAGUAAAUAUUUAGAUUGUUUCCACAUCUUGGCUAUUGUGAAUAAUGCUGCAGCAAACAUGAACGUGCAAAUAUAGAUCCUGAUUUCAAUUCUUUUGGAUAAAUAUGCAGAAGUGGGGUUGCUGGAUUAUGUUUUUUUUUUUUUUUUUAUGGCUGUGUUGGGUCUUCGUUUCUGUGCGAGGGCUUUCUCUAGUUGCGGCAAGUGGGGGCCACUCUUCAUUGCGGUGCGCGGGCCUCUCAUUAUCGCGGCCUCCCUUGUUGCGGAGCACAGGCUCCAGACGCGCAGGCUCAGUAAUUGUGGCUCACGGGCCCAGUUGCUCCGUGGCAUGUGGGAUCUUCCCAGACCAGGGCUCGAACCCGUGUCCCCAGCAUUGUCAGGCAGAUUCUCAACCACUGCGCCACCAGGGAAGCCCUGGAUUAUGUUUUUUUUAAUUUCUAUUUUUAAUUUUCUGAGGAACCUCCGUGCUGUUUUAAUAGCAGCUGCAUCAUUUUACAUUCCCACCAAGACUGUACCAGAGUUCCAGUUUCUCCACAUCCUUGCCAACACUUAGCUUUUGUUUGUUUUUAGUAAUACCAUUCCUAACAGUUGUGAGGUGAUAUCUGCUGUGUGGUAUCUGGGAUCUUAGUUCCCCAACCAGGGAUCAAACCCGUGCCCCCUGCAGUGGGAGCGCAGAGUCUUAACCACUGGACUGCCAAGGAAGUUCCCCUUUGCCUAUUCUUUAAUUGGUCUAUUUGUUUUUUUGCUUUUGAGUUGAAGGAGUUCCUUAAAUACUUUGAAUAUUAACCCCUUAUCAGAUAUAUGGUUUGCAAAUAUUUUGAGAGAAGAUGGGAGACUCAGAGAUUGAUGCUUUAGUGAAUAUUUUCCACUUACGACUUUAUCGAAACUAGCCUAAUAUUGUGGAAUAGAAUCUGCUUUUUUGCAGCUGUAGGGGAAGAAAAAACAUUUUCUUUUGAUAUUUCUGAGAUUCUAUUCCCGGUAGUUUUUUGAGGCUACACAUUGGAAUGUCAUUAGUUAGCUCUGAGACAGGAAGGGGGAGGUGUCUGAGAAGCUCAGACUUAAACUUUUGCUUCCAAAUUAUUCUGCAUGCUUUCUGGACAUUUCUGCAACAGACCAUUUAAAGCAUGGUUUGCCAAGGUGAGCUUCAACACUGUGUGGGCCAGUUACCUCUGCACAGUUAUUUUAACCUUUUCAGAUUUGGUGGCUUUGGGUUGUAUCAAAUAGAAUUUUAAGGGGAAACAUUUUGGUGGGGAGGGGAGCCCUUUUUAAAUAUGUGAUUUACACAUCUUUCCUUUUGUUUUGGAGAAAUUUUCCAGAAAUUGAUUUGAAACCUGAGAUACUCUGAAAUAUAAAAGAGUAAGAACCCUCUGUUGUUCACAAGUUAGCCAAUGGCAGAAUAAGUUUGUCCCUGGAAUCUUCUGAAUUUUAUCCAAAAUUCUAUUCCUUUGAAUUAUUGAAACUUGGUUUCUUUUUUUGGUUCCUGGUUCCACUUUAUCAUUGUUAUCUUGGCACUAAUCUUUGUUUACCCAGGCUCUGACAUUUUUACCCUGGAAUUAAUUACCCCAGAUGGUCUGCUCUGCUGUGUUUUCCUAGCAAACAAAGUGGACAGGAAAUCUGAGCUUCCUGAGCCAAUUGGCUUUCCGCUUUAAUAUGAGGCUUUGCCUUUUACAGAGGCAUUUAUCUUAUGUCUACUUUUCUUAUUUAUAUUGAUUAAAUAUAUGUAUUUUUUGGUUUAGAUCGAAUUAUAUAUUCUCUUUUUCCAUUUGAAAUUUGGUCCUGACAUUUUGUCUUUUGCUUCCCCAAGUCUCCUUUGUAGAAUCUUCCCGUUCUAUUUAAUUUGAACUGGUACAUCCUCUCUGUCGAGUAGCUCCUUGUUCAGAAUAACUUCUCCGCUGGUCUAGGAUUUCUUUUCACUUUUAGACACUUCCCUUGACAUAACUAGCAGAUGAGCCUCUUAUCAGCCUUUCCUCCUUGGGUUUUGCGCAGGUGGGUCAUGCAGUGACCAGGUGUUUGCCCCCCCCUUUGCUCUUCUUUGGAGGAUGUCCCCUUUCCCUAUGCCUUUCUCCUGAUGCAGUGACAGGAAUCCUGGAAAUGGCUGCCUUAAUUGCAGGGACCCCUAGAAUCUUGCCUCAACACUUAACGCACAUCACCAGUAAUAACCCUGAAACACUGUCUCUGCCCUCAGUGGAGUGGAGGGAACCAGUCCUGACACCUGGCAGCUGCCACCCUUCCGCAUCUCCAGAUGCAGGUAUUCUCUGUACCAGGGAGAGAGCCUCCUUGAAAUCUAUCAGUCUUGGCUUUCCCUCUUCCAUCUCUCCUCACCCACCCACUUCUCUAGCCUACCUCUUUCAUCCAUCCAUUUGACAUUUAUAAACACCAACCAUGUGCCAGGCAUCAUGCUGGUUUACCAUCAAGUCAUCGGUCGUGAUAGAGAGUGCUAAAUGCUGAAAUAGGGCACAAAGCAAAGAUUUACAAGGGAUCCACACAAAGGUCACUUAAGCUGAGUUUUGAAGGACUGUUUGCAGUUCACCAGUGAACAUUCUCCAUUCUGCCUCCUUUGCAUCAGAGGACUUCUUACAGGGGAAAUAGACUUGGUAAGAUCCUCAGUAGAAAAACCUGGCAGAUACCACCUUGACGCAGUGAUCAAAUGAGCAUCCCCGUUGUUGGUACAACUACUGGUGCCUCCUGAUAUGAUGCACUGAGAAGAACACAACGGCAUUUCUCUGAUGUUUCUACCAAAAAUGCAUCACCUGAAUGUAAUUAUGAGGAAACAUGAAACCAACCCAGAUGGAGGGGCACCCUACGAAAUAACUGGUCAAUGUUAGGAGACAAAGAAAGACUGAGAAACUGUUGCAGUUAAAGUAGGUGAAAGAGACAUGGCAAAUGAAUUCAGUGCAUGAUCCAGGACUUUCUUUUCAGUGGACAUCACUGGGACAGUUGGCAAAAUCUGAUGUUAUACUAUUAUAUCAAUGUUAAUUUCCUGAUAUUGAGACUUGUGCUGUGGUUAUGGAAGAGAAUGUCCAGAAUGUUUUUAGCAAAUACACACUGAAGUAUUGGGAGGGAAAGGGGCAUCAUGUCUGCAACUUAAAUGGUAAAGAAAAAUAAGUGUAUGUGUGUGUGUGUGCAUGUGUGUAGAAA